UGAUAUUAGGUGGUUUCGAUCCCCAUUAUUGUAACACCGAGUUCACUUAUGUUAAUGUAUCCCACAAAGGAUACUGGCAAUUUCCCAUAGAUAAGAUAAAAAUGAGACAUAUGAUUUUCUGUGACGAUGGCUGUGAAGCUAUCGCCCACACUGGCUUUUCGGGAUUAUCUGGACCAGCAUCAGAAAUCGAAUUUAUUAACAAUGAAAUAGAUUCAUUAAAACGAGUUGGAAUUGCUCAUGGAGGAGAUAUAAUUGUUGACUGCCGUCAGAUUUAUGAAUUGCCCAAUGUUACUUUCUUCUUGAAUAAUAAACCAUUCGUUCUCACUGCAAAUGAUUACAUCCAUACGAGAAAAGUUCCAUAUGGAAACAAUAAAGUGUGGCUAUUAAAUAAUGAGACUGACGCUGCUACAGAAGAAGUGUGCAUGCGCCAAACGCCAGCGACCGACAGCUGUUUAGCGUGA